AUGCGAUUAGGUAUAAUGGAUGCGAUCCCGUGGCUAAUACAGAAUCUCAUUGGUCUCCUUGCCUACCGUGGUGUCACUCGGACCCUCUACGGCCAAGGCACUGGCCGUUUCUCUAGUAAAGAGCUUGCAGAAUUCCGGCGGGAUGUUUGGGGAUAUGUUAAUGCGCUCUUGAGUGAGACUCGGCUCACAGCUCCUGAUCUUCAGACACCUUUCUGGGUGUUGGGCGGCAAAAGUCCUUCUGAGGCGGAUGCAACCGUCUUCGGCUUCAUUGCAUCAGGUUUGGGAUGUGCAGCGGCACCAGAUAGCAAAGGAAUCAUAAAGAGUUACCCUGUCUUGGUCGAUUAUGCGGAGCGAAUCCAUUACGUUUACUUUGAGGACUACGCUUUGUGGGAAGAAGAUGCGUGA